UCAGUUGUUAAAUUGAGCUACAACUCUUCUGUACUCUUUAGCUGCUUGCUUUAUUCCAAUCCAAUAGUAAGCAGGCACAAAAAACAUGGCUGCAACGAACGCGUCAAUCUUUGCGUCUUCCACGCAAACAUGCUUGCCUAUGCAGGCCGUUUCUCAUUCAAACACGCUUGGCCCACUUGUUGAUACUACCCAAGUAAAGAAAGGAACAAAAAGAAGGCAAAGAGUUGGGUUGAACCUUUACACUACAAGCAGAAGAGACAAGGAAAGAAAGAAAAGUAAAGGAAGAAGAAAGAAAAGAGAAUGUUGGCUGGAGAUUCUUUUGGAGUGCGUUGCUACCCUAGCAAAGGAAACGCAUGAUUGGGAAGAGCGUGGAGCACACGUGCUGGCUGAGUUGUUGUCGCGUAUACUUGCGCACGCAACAACUCCAACUAAGCAAAUUCAAGAGUACAAGCUUCCUUCAUGGGCGAUGUUUGAACUUGGGAGGGCUGCUGUCUAUUGGAAAACCAUGAAUGGCCUCCCUCCUACUUCAGGAGAAAAGCUAAAACUUUUCUAUAAUCCAGCUGCAACUCAAUUUGCCCCUAGUGAAGAAUUUGGAAUUGCUUUUAAUGGUAAUUUUUGUGAUUCAAUUAUGUGUGGGCUCAGAAAAGAUCGAGGCAAAGCGGAUUCCCCAAUAUAUACCAUUCAAAUAUUCAUUCAUUCCUAAGUAUGGUAGUAUGCUCUGAGCUUGAUCUUCUCAUUUACAAAUGGAGUAGAUAGUGAUGGUCUUAUAUACUGCAGUUUCAAGUUCCCCAUGGGUUUCCGGAACAAGCCAAUAGAAUUCUUUAAUCAAGUAAAUAUGCAUACCUUUUCUCUUUGA